CCUUUGCUUUGGCACCUGACCUAUGACUACAGGGCUAGUCCUCCCUCCUCAUGUGGUUUCUUUCCUGAUUAAAAGUGAUUAGGUAGCUCUAAAUCCUGAAGAAAUGUGACUGAAGGGAAUGGAGACAAAGAGACCCUUCAAGAAGUCUUAAAUCCUCAGGGCAGUAUUUAAAGAGCCCUGAGGAGAGAACCAAAGCAGAAAGAUCCUGCCAGGACCUCCCUGUCCUUCUCCCUCCUGCUGCACCUUCUGUUGCCAACAUCUCCUCCAGGAUGUCGCUCUCUGAAGUGGAGGUGCAAAGUGCUCGUGGUGCCUGGGAGAAGAUAUAUGUGGAUGCUGAGGACAAUGGGACAACUGUGCUGGUCAGGAUGUUUACUGAGCACCCAGACACCAAGUCCUACUUCACACAUUUCAAAGGCAUGGACUCUGCCGAAGAGAUGAAACAGUCAGAACAAGUCAGGGGCCAUGGCAAGAAGGUUUUCAGUGCCAUCAAUGAUAUGGUGCAACACCUGGACAACCCUGAGGCUUUUCUUGGGAUAGUGACUCCACUUGGCAAGAAACAUGCCACCCAGCUGAAGAUUGACCCCAAAAACUUUAGGAUUAUCUGUGACAUUAUCUUACAACUGAUGGAGGAGAAAUUUGGUGGAGACUGCAAAGCUUCCUUUGAGAAUGUCACCAAUGAAAUCUGCACCCACCUGAACAAUAUCUACAAAGAGGAGGGUUGGUGAGGAUGUGCACCCUCCAGGCUCUUCAAACAUCUUUCCAGCACUGAUUUGCUGCUUUUGGGCCCCCAGCCACAGCUGGAAAAUUAAAAUCUAAAAAUAAAAGGCAAGAAGGCUUAUACAAUAUAGAUAUUAAUGUCAAUAAUUUCUGUAGCAAACUGGGUUUCUACAGCUAAACAAAACCCGCAGAUACAUCAAAGUCAACCAACAAAUCCUGAUGUGCUUUGCAGUUUCAGUGCUCCAGGUGGGUUCCUCUGGCCAUCAUCCUUGAAGAGUACAUUUUAAGAUGAUGACUUUAAGUUUUCUAUUCCUAGAAGACAGACUUGCUCCUUCCAGCAGCAUCAGUAGCUCUUUGGUUCAUCUACCACCUCUCCAUCCUCAUGAAUGAUAGAAAAGAGACCAUUUUGAAGCAUCUUCAGAAUCCUGGUAGAGGUAAUUUUUUAAGAGGCAUGAGUAUUGUUUUGUUUGAACUUAAACAAGGGGGAAAUGGUGAAUGGGAUUGACCAAUAUCUGGGAGAGACAUGAGCAAAAUCCCAACUUGAGCAAGCCAGCAGUCACCCAACCUUGGUUUCUCAGAGCAGCUUUCAGCACAAGGGAUGGUAACACUGAGUGUGUUCACCACYGGACCCCUCUGGGCAGGGAUGAACAUCUCCAGGGUGUGGAUUUCAUUGUAACUCCCAGGAAAUUACUUGGGCUGUGUUCCCACAUGAGGCAAGAGAGCUCACUGACUUCUGUGCGCUCAAAAUGCACCCAACUGACGGAGGCUGCUGCCUCGCUACAUCAGCUGCGGUACAGGGGUCUCAGCCUGGCACAGGACUCAUCCUGCCCAGUCACACAGCCUGAGCCUCCCUUCAGUGCUAACUGAAGUCCUGAACUAUUUAAUUGCUUUUCUUUGUACUCCUUAGAAUUGGUGAAAUAAUCAGUUAAUGCCUGCAAAUAACCACAUGCUGGUUUGCUUCAUUGUAACACAAUAAAGACAUAGAAAGUAGAC